CGUCAGUGUCAGAUGCGCGUUCGGUGCUGUAGGGUCUGUGUUGUCGCAUGAAUCAGUGUUCUUAGUUCCGCACGAGUGGUAGUGUUUGGAUAUUUGUUUACCAACAUUUAUGCCCAGGUAGCUCCUGUGACGUCACCAUGGGGCUCGGCUGUGGCGGUUGUUUCGCCAAAUACAUUCUCUGUCUCUUCAACUUCGCACUAUUUCUGGCCGGUGGAGCCGUUUUGACGGUCGGGGUUUGGCUUAACCUAGACAAGAAAUCUUUCAUCGCAUUCACAAAAAUUGUUGAGAGUGAAGCGCAAAUUCCUGAGUUCAAGCAUUUCUCCCAACCUCACGUCAUCUCCCAACUUAGUUACAUACUUAUCGCGGCCGGAGCCUUCAUCUUCCUACUCAGCUUCCUGGGAUACUGCGGGGCGCUCAGAGAAUCCAGAUGUUGCCUUGCAUUCUAUGGGAUUAUGCUGGUUCUUAUAUUGAUUUUGGAGAUCACAGCAGCAGGAAUGGCUAUUGCUUACAGAGCGAAGGCUGAAAAUGAGACACGCAAAUUCCUACAGAACACUAUCCAGGACUACUACACUCCACAACGUAACAAGUCGGACGCUGUUUCUCUCAUGUGGAACGUCCUCAUGGCUCAGAUGUCCUGUUGUGGAGUGGACAGCUUCGAAGACUUUGAAGAAAAAUUCAAAGAAGAAAACUCAACGCAGGUAAUGCCUGCAGCGUGUUGCGUUCUGGAAGGAGAUUAUCGCAGGUUUACUCCCAAGUUUCCCAACUGUACACAGAACCCUUCCUCGGUCAACUCAUAUUACAUGACUGGGUGUUACAAGACUGUGCUGAACUGGGUUCUGGACCAUAUAAACACAGUGAUCUGGGUUGUACUCGCUGUCAUCUUCGUAGAGCUUUUCACAGUGUUCCUGUCGUUCUGUCUGUGCAAAACCUUACAGAACUACGACGACGACAAGUAAACACUCGAGUGUUGCCACUUUGUGAUUCCGUCUCCGAAAACAGAAUCAAAUUUUGUUCUCGAGAGACUUACACAGACAUACCAAAUAAAGAGACAAUUUGAACGAUUCUUUUCUGAGAGUCGUUCAUAUGUUAAGUGAAAAUUGUUAUAGAUUGUAGAUUUAUUUUGUGUUACCAAAAAUAGUUGAAAUAGCUGUUAAAAAAGUGUAAAUAACACAAAGUUAUGGUAAGCAUCCAAAUACAUACGAUGAUCUGAUAUAAACAUUCCCAUUUGUGGUUUUUGCCACUUUUUUAUCAAACGGAUUUUUGGGUUGAAAUUAUUUCCAGCUCAAAUAAAAACACAUAGUGUAAAGCCCUUGUACAGUUUACUAUAGGAAUGGGACCAAAUGCUUUUUUAUUACAGUAAUUAAUUAACCUAUUCAAUAUUCAUCACCCUCUGUAUAUAUGCUUUGUAGACAGCACAAAUACUUAGACAUAAGUCGGCACUAUUGAGAAACUAGAAUCAUCAGAAAAUAUUUCCAAUUGUAUGAUCUUUACUAAAAAAACCUGUAAUAAAUCAUAUUUAUUUGGUCCACUAUGUGAAACUUCACGGUGUGUUAGAUUUAAAUUUACCAUCUUGAGUUAAUUCAAAUUGCAUUAAAAUGUUUUUCCACAUCUAAAAUCAGUAGAGGUUAUUUCCCUUGUACAUGUGUACUAUAUAUGUUUAGCUUAUUGUAUGUUUAUAUGCGAAAUAAGCUUAAGUAGUCAUAUGAUUGAAAUAUGUUUUAGUUACGGUUGUUAUGCUAUCGGGUUGUAAUGCAUGGAUGUUUCGGUAAAGAGUAUUUUAAAGAUGACCUGUCCAAUCAUUACCAGUCACUAUUAAAACUUGACAUUCAUUAAUAUAAACAUAAUUAAGGCAUAUUGUAUCAGAAUUGAAGAGGCAGCCCCUUUUUCAAUUAUUCCAUUGUUUGCAUAAUGAGAAAACGAAAUAACUUCAUACAAAUCACGAUUCCAAAAAGUACAAAUUAUUUAUAUUGUGAUAAGCUUUGUAUACACUGUUAUUUUACAUGCAUAGUACCUUAGAAAUGGUGAUGUAGUUAUUAUUUAUAUUUGUAAUUGUUAGAAAGAUAAAAUUAAAGGUUUAAAACAUAAUACAGUAUUAGAAGACAUCAAUAUUUAUAUUCCAAUUAUUAAGCUUUCUCUCGAACGUGUCAAUAUUUAACUUUAUAUUAGUUGUGUCAAAGAGCAACGGCCAAAGAAUUCAUCACAGAAUGUUUUAUUGUCUACGGCUCUUGGUAAAUUGUAUUGUUAAGUGCCUUGACCAAAUUGUUGUUUUAUAAUUUUGAUAUAGAACUGAAUCUGUUUGUAUUUAUCUUAGAAAUAAAUAUAUGUGCUUUCUUA